AUGUCUUCAAAUCAACCAAGUUCUUCUUCAAAAACACCACAACAAACCGAUAAUGCUAGUGGUGAUAAACAACAACAGCAGCAACAAACCCCAACGCAAAAAGAAACGAUACCGCAACUUGGUGCUUUAGAAGAAGACGACGAAUUUGAAGAAUUUGCUUCUGAAGAUAGAGCCUGUAAUUUGGACAUAGUUAUUGUAACGUACGUCGUACGCUUUAAGCUAGAGAUCACAAAAAAUAGUGGUAAUGCACCAACACCUAUGAAAAUUUGA